AUGUACCAAAUCGCAGAAGCCUUCUGUCAACUGUCCAUCCUGGCCUUUUACCUGCGGAUCGCAACCUCGCCAAAACUACGGACAACCACGUAUAUCCUGAUGGGGAUUGUUACCGGCUUCGGUAUCGGCAAUACAGGAGCCAUGAUGUUUCAAUGCCAACCUAUCUCAUUCUUCUGGGACGGGUGGAAAGGCGGAACAAGUGGCCUAUGCACCGUCGAUGUUCGGCUAUUUGGAUUCAUUCGCGGCGCCAUUGAAAUCAUGCUCGACGUGGCAAUCCUAUCGCUACCAUUGCCCAUGUUAGCGAGACUACAGAUGUCCUGGAAGAAGAAGGUCCAGAUUAUCUCUAUGUUCGCUGUGGGCUUCAUCAUCUUCAUCGUCAGUUGCCUUCGCUUAUGGGCUCUCGUCCGAUUCGAUCAGAGCUCAAAUCCGACUUACGACAACGUAUCCGGUGUUUACUGGUGUGUGACCGAAGCCAACCUCUUUAUCGUAGUCGCAUGCAUGCCUGCCAUGCAUGCGAUAUACCAGCAUACAAUUUCAAGGAUAUGCAGCAUAUCCUCAGGCUCCGGGAAGAGCAGCUACGUCUCUAGUGACGAUCGCUAUCGUAUACGAAGAUCAGGUCAUCGACUGUCUCUGGGUGGUAUCUCGAAGGUUGUCGAUAUCCAAGUCAAGCGCGAGGAUUUCUCGGAGUCGGAUGUCGAACUCGUAGGCCGGACAAACUAUCAAUGA